UACCAAACAGAAACCCCAGCUCCUGACACUAUGAGAUACUACUAUGGCAAUGACUAUGGUGGCCUGGGCUAUAGAUGUGGAGGCCUGGGUUAUGGCUAUGGCCUAGGCUGUGGCUGUGGUUGUGGUGGCUUUAGUGGCCUAGGGUGUGGCUGGGGAGGCCACAGAUAUGGCUGGUGCCGCCCAUCAUGCUAUGGAGGAUAUGGAUUCUCCAGCUUUUAUUGAAAAGGAAAAAGACUGGUGUUUUGGGACUUUAGAACCCUACAAUCACCCUACUGCUAAUUCUUUCAUGUCUCUGUAUUUCCAUCGGAUUCCAGAUGCUGCUCUGGCCAUCUGGCCACGUGUACAGUGAAGACGAUCAAAACUCACACUGGAGUCCUGAAAUUAAUCAACAACAGUCAUCAUUCCAUGAAUUGACUGGGAAUUUUACAGACUGGGUUG